CUCUUAAAAAGUAUAGAGCUCCCAGGUUCUGGCUGCAAAACUGCCCACAGACUGCCCAGUUUGCAAAUGGCCUAAGAACAUAUGAAGAGACAAGAGCUCUGCUCCCACUAAUUACACAAUCUAAGCACCUUUUCUGCUUCCAUGACAACCACGCAAGGGAUGGAACAGGCCACUCCAGGGACUGGCCCCGGUGUGCCCCAGCUGGGAAACAUGGAUGUCAUACAUUCAUAUCUGUGUAAAGGAUUGCAAGAGAAGUUCUUGAAGGGGAAACCCAAAGUCCUUGGGGUUGUGCAGAUUCUGAUUGCCUUGAUGAGCCUUAGCAUGAGAAAAAUAAUGAUGUGUGUUGCAUUUAGUUCUUAUGAAGAACGUCCCAUUUUUGUGUAUGCUGGGUACACAAUUUGGCGAUCAGUGAUGGGUAUGGAUGGCAUGGUGCUCCUCUUAAGUGUGCUGGAAUUCUGCAUUGCUGUGUCCCUCUCUGCCUUUGGAUGUAAAGUGCUUUGUUGUAGCCCCGGUGAGGUUGUGUUAAUUCUGCCAUCAAAUUCUCACAUGGCAGAAACAGCAUCUCCCACACCACUUAAGACAUUUUGAUGCUACCAAAAGAUCAACAGAAGAAUGCUCCAGAAAUCUAUGCUGACUGUAACACAAGAACCCCACAUGAGAA